AUGGUGGUGUUUCUCCCCUGGCUGUCCAUUAUUCUAUGGCUAGAAAACACAAAAGCUCAACUUGAAGAUGAAGGCAAUUUCUUCUCGGAAAAUGUCAGUCGGAUUCUUGACAACUUGCUGGAAGGCUAUGACAACCGCCUGCGACCAGGAUUUGGAGGUGCUGUCACAGAAGUCAAAACGGACAUCUAUGUGACCAGCUUUGGGCCUGUGUCAGAUGUGGAGAUGGAGUAUACAAUGGAUGUUUUCUUCCGCCAGACUUGGACUGAUGAGAGGCUGAAGUUUAGGGGUCCUGCUGAGAUUCUGAGCUUAAACAACUUGAUGGUCAGUAAGAUCUGGACACCGGACACCUUUUUCAGGAACGGGAAAAAGUCAAUUGCUCACAACAUGACCACCCCUAACAAGCUCUUCCGAUUAAUGCAGAACGGAACAAUCCUGUACACCAUGAGGCUUACUAUCAAUGCUGAUUGUCCCAUGAGGCUUGUUAACUUCCCUAUGGAUGGACACGCUUGCCCACUCAAGUUUGGAAGCUAUGCUUACCCCAAAACUGAAAUCAUAUACACAUGGAAAAAAGGACCACUUUACUCGGUAGAAGUCCCAGAGGAAUCCUCCAGCCUCCUCCAGUACGAUUUGAUUGGGCAAACAGUUUCUAGUGAGACAAUUAAAUCUAACACAGGUGAAUACGUCAUCAUGACAGUCUACUUCCACUUACAAAGGAAGAUGGGCUACUUCAUGAUCCAGAUAUACACUCCAUGCAUUAUGACGGUCAUUCUCUCCCAGGUGUCCUUCUGGAUUAAUAAGGAGUCGGUCCCAGCAAGAACCGUCUUUGGAAUCACCACUGUUUUAACCAUGACCACCUUAAGCAUCAGUGCCCGGCACUCCCUGCCCAAAGUGUCCUACGCAACCGCCAUGGAUUGGUUCAUAGCCGUGUGCUUUGCUUUUGUCUUUUCUGCUCUCAUUGAGUUCGCAGCUGUCAACUACUUCACUAAUCUCCAGUCACAGAAGGCUGAAAGGAAGGCACAGACUACAGCUCUGCCCCCCGUGGCUCUAUCAAAAGCGACUGAAGCACGGGAAGCUGAGAUUGUUGUGUAUUCUGACUCCAAAUACCACCUGAAGAAGAGGAUCAGCUCCCUGACUUUGCCAAUCGUUCCAUCUUCUGAGGCCAGCAAAGUCCUCAGUAGAACUCCCAUCUUACAGUCAACGCCUGUCACUCCCCCUCCACGCUUACCAGCUGUUGGGGGCUCCAGUAAAAUAGACCAGUAUUCUCGAAUUCUCUUCCCAGUAGCAUUUGCAGGAUUCAACCUUGUGUACUGGAUUGUUUACCUUUCCAAAGACACAAUGGAAGUGAGCAGUACUGUUGAAUAG